AUGUCGCAACGUGGUGCGAGGGUGACGGAGUUUGAGGAACGGGAUUACUACUCCGCUCCUCGUCGUUCCAACCCCCGCUUCCAAGAUGCUGACCCGCGCACCACAAGAGUCAUGACCAGAGAUCCCCCGUCUCGAAAGGAGUUUGACCAAGUGGAUGUUCGAGUCCGCGAGAGAGAAUCGAGCCGGACUCCAGCCUUCUUGAGAGAAGAUGCUCGAAGGGCGGAAGCUGGACCCAUGGUUCUGCGCAAGCGGGAUGUGGAGACGUGGGACAGGCGUCCUCGAAGUCCUAGCUCUCCUGCUCGAGUUGGGGAAGAGCGUCUUAUUCGCCGACCCAGAAGCGAGUCGCCUCCGCAUCUCCAUGAUCAUGAACAUUCGCGGAUGAGGGUUGUGGAGAGAGAGAGAGAAAGCGAGAGGAUUCGAAGCCCGUCCGUGGUGAGGCAGCGAUCUCCCUCAGGUGUGGUGCGCUUCGUCGAGAGGAGGCCCAGGAGUCCGUCGCCGGUGAGGGAGCACAUCCACACGAGGAUUGUUGAGAGGCAGAAACAAAGGGAGCCAAGCCCAUCGCCCUCACCACCACCACCACCUCCUCCUCCUCCACCGCCAGUCGUACGUGGACCAAUCAUUGAGAGAGAGGUUAUCACUCAUUAUACAGAUAUCGACCAUGGCGUCAUUCGAGCCAGAGCUCCCUCCCCGCCACCGCUACCUCCACCUCGACCUCAUGGGAGAACGCGAGAGCGCGAGACAGACAUUGACAUCUCCCUGUCCAAGAACAGAACAGAUGUGGACGUUGAUAUCCAUAGAUCAACUAGUCGCCACCGCUCAAAAAGCCGUGAACGACGCUCCGACUUUCACGAUGAUUAUCUCAUUACCUCCAAGGAUAUGAAACGUCUUCGUAUUGAUGACAGCGGCAGAGGUCAUCGCAGGUCGCACUCGGCAGCACCCCCCUUCUCCCGCUUAGACGACGACGAAGCGACGGAGAUUACGGGCAAGAUCGAUUCCCGUGGCCGCAUGGGCGAAGCCUGGGGUGGCGCCACCAAGGAUUGGACCAUUGUCGAUGUGCCCCCGGGCACGGAGCGGGUUCUCAUGGAUGGCGUUGGCGGCGCAAGCACCGAGACGAACUGGUCCAAGUACAGCGGUGUACGGAGGACCCAGUUCAUCCCCGAGAGAGACGGUGCUGUCGUGCCCGCCAGAGAGCCGUCUCCUCUACCCGCCGCGGGUUCAGGGAAUAACCACACCAGUGUAGCCUUUUAUGAUCACGAUAGAGAAAUUGACGUCGACGUGGACAUCGAACGAAAGAUGUCUCGCACCCCGGCCCCACCGUCGCAUCCACCUCCAAGAGAAAUGUGGACCGAGAUUACCAAAGAUUUAGUUUGUCGCGAGGCGAUUGAACAGAUGGGGUAUGCAUAUGAAGAGACCAGGUGGUUCUUCUACAUCAUGGAUUACUUGAAAUACGAUGAGGUUCUCCAGCUCACAGAGUUGAGCGCCCGCAUCAGACGAUACCGGCGCCGCUGUCGGGACGCUGAGCGGGAACGUGAGUACGCAGAUGACUGGUACAGAAGGUCCCAGCGCCACGGACACGGCUACGAUCACAGCCCGCACUACCGAGGGUUCAGUUCCGAAUGGGACGACGAGAGAGUCAGAGAGCGGGAAGUUAUUUAUGAUAGUCACGGAGCAGCCCGAGGGUACUGGAGAUAG